ACCAAGUAGAGAAGAGUGAUUCUUCGCUUCGAUUCAAAGACAAGUUUUUCUUUUGUUCCCUGAGAGAUCGAAUCGAAGAAAUCUGAUUCUUGUAAUUCGAUAAAAAUCUGAAAUUUCUUUAGAAAUUGGAGGAGAAUGGACAACAAAAACGUCGUCGUUUGCGACAACGGCACCGGUUAUGUCAAAUGUGGAUUUGCUGGAGAGAAUUUCCCAACGUCGGUUUUCCCCUGUGUCGUGGGAAGACCGUUGCUUCGGUAUGAAGAAUCACUCAUGGAGCAACAAGUCAAGGAUAUAGUUGUUGGGGAGACUUGCUCUGAGCUUCGACAUCAAUUGGAUAUAAAUUAUCCUGUGCAUAAUGGUAUUGUGCAGAAUUGGGAUGAUAUGGAACAUGUUUGGGAUCAUGCUUUCUAUAACGAAUUGAAAAUCAAUCCAUCAGAGUGUAAGAUAUUGCUCACGGAUCCACCUCUUAAUCCCUCCAAGAAUCGUGAAAAAAUGAUUGAGACAAUGUUUGAGAAAUACAACUUCGCUGGCGUUUUCAUUCAAAUCCAAGCCGUUUUGACUCUGUAUGCUCAAGGUUUGCUAACUGGUUUGGUUAUUGAUUCUGGUGAUGGUGUUACUCAUGUGGUUCCGGUGGUUGACGGCUACUCGUUCCCUCAUCUUACCAAAAGAAUGAAUGUCGCUGGCAGACACAUAACAGCGUAUCUCGUUGAUCUACUAUCUCGACGAGGAUAUGCGAUGAAUAAAACGGCUGAUUUUGAGACGCUUCCAGAUGGGAGGGUCAUCAAAGUAGGCACUGAAAGGUUCCAAGCACCCGAAGCCCUUUUUUCACCGGAACUCAUUGAUGUUGAAGGUGAUGGAAUGGCAGACAUGGUUUUCCGCUGUAUUCAAGAAAUGGAUAUUGAUAACCGCAUGAUGCUCUACCAACACAUAGUUUUAAGCGGAGGAAGCACCAUGUACCCAGGAUUACCUAGCCGUCUUGAGAAAGAAAUCCAGGAUCGGUAUCUCGACACAGUUCUAAAAGGAAACAAAGAUGGCUUGAAGAAACUCAGAUUGCGGAUCGAAGAUCCACCGAGAAGGAAACACAUGGUAUACCUCGGAGGUGCUGUUCUUGCAGGAAUCAUGAAGGACGCACCAGAGUUCUGGAUCAAUAGAGAGGACUAUAUGGAAGAAGGAAUUAAUUGUUUAAACAAAAUGAGCCAAGCUUGAAAUUAUCUAAUAGUCAUGCACUUUUUCCGGACGUUUUAGGAGAAUUGUGUAAGUUUGUUCGUAAGAUUUUGGUGUGUUUUCUAGCAUUCGCCAAUAUUUUCCUCUGUUCAUUACAUUGUGAAAUAAAAUUGUGAUUUCUCU